UUCAUUAUCCAUUCAGUGCAGAAAAUACAUAUUGUGCAGAAAUACAUAUAUGAUUGAGGUAGUCAAAUACAUAUGAUAGUCUUCAAGUGUGGAUUAAUACAAUCAGGAGUUAUUUACUUCACACAGAUGGAUGUCGAUCCCGAGCCCUUGUAGUUAUUGGCACCACGCUAUAACCAACUGAGCUAUGUGACGUAAGGAACGAGGAAAUGAAACCUACCAAACAGAAAGUAACAUUUACAAGGAGAAAGCGACUCCUCACUGACGAACUUCAGAUCUUUGCGGGACUUGAACAACGUUCUCUAUCAGUCACAUUCCUAAAUCAAGAUGUCAAUACAGUUCUCUGGAUGGCAGGUGUUCGACGAUGGCGCUUCCUUUUCUGGUGAGGAGCUGCAGCCGUCCCAGAAACCCCAAAACCGGGGCGCUUACUCUAUGUACCACGGGACCAGCAUUGCCAGUGCACGGCUCAUCCUUGCCAAUGGCUUUAAACAGUCAUCAAGUGGCAUGCUGGGAAAGGGCGUGUAUGUCAGUCGUAAUAUAAAAAAGGCGGCUCAUUAUCCUCUGCAAAGUAACAUUACAGACCGUGUGGUCCUUAAGGUGCAAGUGCGUGUUGGCCGAGUUAAGCGCAUUGACCAGGACAACCAUCCCUUGCAGUUCACUUGGAGCGCCAAUGGCUACGAUACUGCGUGGGUGCCCCCUAAUUGUGGACUUAAAGCUGUGCGCAGUGGCCUAGAGGAGGAUUGCGUGUUUGACCCCAAAAGAGUCAAGGUGGAAGGCAUUGCAAAGGCACCAAACACAACCAUAGAGGAAGAACUUAAACUUCUUAUAUCAAAGCAAUCCAAAACAUCCAGAGGAGACGGUGCUGCAGAUUUGUGUUCACUGUGUAAGAGAAAGACCCAGCUGGGUUCUCCACACAUCAAGCAACAGUGCUGGGAGUGUGGGAAAAACAUCUGCAUUCUCAUGGCCAAGCAUUUCUGUCCAGCCAAACCCGUGUUCGACGAUGGUGCUUCCUUUUCUGGUGGGGAGCUGCAGCCGUCCCAGAAACCUCGAAACCGGGGCGCUUACUCUAUGUACCACGGGACCAGCAUUGCCAGUGCACGGCUCAUCAUUGCCAAUGGCUUUAAACAGUCAUCAGGUGGCAUGCUGGGAAAGGGCGUGUAUGUCAGUCGUGAUAUAAAUAAGGCAUCUCGUUAUCCUCUGCUAAGUAUCACUACAGACCGUGUGGUCUUUAAGGUGCAAGUGCGUGUUGGCCGAGUUAAGCGCAUUGACAAGGACAACCAUCCCUUGCAGUACACCUGGAAAGCCAAUGGCUACGACAGUGCGUGGGUGCCCCCUAAUUGUGGCUUUGCAGCUGUGCGCAGUGGCCUAGAGGAGGAUUGUGUGUUUGACCCCAAAAGAGUGAAGGUGGAAGGCAUUGCAAAGGCACCAAACACAACCAUAGAGAAAGAACUUAAACUUCUUAUAUCAAAGCAAUCCAACACAUCCAGAGGAGAUGGUGCUGCAGAUUUGUGUUCACUGUGUAAGAGAAAGACCCAGCUGGGUUCUCCACACAUCAAGCAACAGUGCUGGGAGUACACAGGGAACCAGACAGGGCCUCAAGAUCAGAAAGUGAAAGUUAGAGAGCGACUCGUCACAUACGAGCUUCUGGUCUUAAACAGCAUCCCUUGUAAAAGAAAGAUGUCGCUGCCGUUCUUUGGAUGGGAGGUGACCUAUGAUGAUGCCUCUCCUCGUGUGGAGCUGGGGGCAUCUCAGGAGCCCAAAGACAGUGGUGUCUACACCAUGUACCAUGGCACCAGCGUUGCCAACGCACGGCUCAUCAUUGCUAAUGGCUUUCGUCAGUCAUCAGGUGGCAUGUUGGGCAAGGGCGUGUAUGUCAGUCGAGAUAAGAAAAAGGCGGAACGUUAUCCUUUGAAUAUUAACUCUUCAGACCGUGUGGUCCUUGAGUUAGGUGUGCGUGUGGGCCGUGUCAAGCGUAUUGACAAGGACAACCAUCCUAUGCAGUACACCUGGAGCACGCAGGGCUACGACACUGCUUGGGUGCCCGCUAAUUGUGGCAUGAAAGCCGUGCCUAGUGGCUUACAGGAGGAUUGUGUGUUUGACCCCCAAAAAGUGAAGGUUGUAGGAAUUUCACAGGCUCCAGAUACGGCACUGACAGAGCUUCAGGAGCUGGUAGCUAAUGGUCUAAGAAAUCCCGGCGGAGGAAAUGUGGGUGCAGCAUCGCACCUUGGCAGGUGAUGUGGAAGUGUGCUCACUGUGUAAGAGAAAGACCCAGCAGGGUUCUCAGCACAUCAACCAAACAUGUUGGGGCUGUGGGCAAAACAUCUGCAUUAACAUGACCAAGCAUGUCUGUGCAGCGAGUAUCUGAGAGGUUAUCUGCAAAGUCCUUUUGUAUGUAUUGAAGUACUGUUCAUACUGAAGUUCACUAUAAUGAUCUAUCUGAUACUUCAUUCUCAUUAUAUUCAAUAUGCAUAAGGUUUAUGUGCAAUCAAGAUGAGACAAUGCUUUUUGUACCGAGCAAGAUGCCUUUAUUUCGCUCAUGAUUUUUAUUUGCUGAAUUGUUUUAUAUUGUAAAACCAAAGAAUCAUGUAAAGCCAAUAAAUAUUAUGAUAUCUGA